CCUAGCGUGUUAUCGGCUGAAGAAGUGCUUCCUCAGCUGCUUUGGUAGACAUGGCGUCGAUUAAAGAAAGAGCUGCGGCGUUACACCUUGCAGAAAAAUUAUGUGUGCGCCCUCAAGCUCAUGGAGUGACCAGUAAACCAGUCCAGUCUUCCUCCAUGUGGAGUGGCCUCAUCUCCCACCUCAGGUCCUCUGUGACAGUGAAGCGUCGACGAGUCCACCUCAAGUCUCAUGGCGACUGUUUCCUCGGCUCAGAGGCUGUUGAUGUGGUGGCAGAACACAUUAGCUGUGUUUUUGAAGGUGCCGAUGUGUCACGGGACAAAGUGGUGUGUGUGUGCCAGGCUCUGUUGGACUGUAAUGUGUUUGAGGCAGUGGGCACCAAAGUGUUUGGCAAAGACAAAAAGCAGGAUCUGUUUCAAGACAGCAAGAGUGCUCUCUACAGGUUUGUGGGUGAGAGUUUUCCCUCAGUUGACGAGUUAGAAAGAGGUGUGCUCGUGAAAGGGAUCCAAACACUGUUCUGCAGUGCUCCUUCAGACAGGCAGGAGGAGCAGACGUGUCCCACUGGCUCACAUGUUCAGACGUCCAGCCCUGUCAGAUGUACUCAGACAAGCAUAGAAUCCAACCAACUGGACACUUCUGCCACUGCCGGUCUGUCACUGGAGCCUCUGGUGAACAGUGUGAGUCCCAGCAGAAUGCAGACUCACACUGCUUUACCGCAAUCACUGGUAGAGGAGGUUUGGCAGGAGCAGACUCUGCUCAGGCUGUUAAACCUGGUGGAGCUCCCCCUGCUGGAAGGGGUCCUUCAGUGCAGUCAGACCGCAUCCUCUCCUCCUCCAUUAAACCCACUGGCUCACAGUAACCCAGACCUGAUAUACAGCAGCAACCACCUGGACAGGAAGAUCCUCAAGGCCUUCAGGGACUCUCAGGAGGAUGUGUGGCUCUGUGCGGCUCUGGACUGUCUGGACUUCCUCCCUGAUCAGCCAGUGGUGGCACUGAGCAGGGAGCUGCCUUUCCCACAAGAUCAGGACAGCUGUCAGCAAGUGCCAGCUGGUGGCAGGUCACAAGAUGGAGACAACAACAGUGAUGAGCAGCCUGGUCUCUCCAACAGUGGUUUGGCCCAGUGUAAGCUACUGCUGUACAGGACCCUGGUUAAACACUACAGCCACACAGACAGACCUCCACUGCUGCCCCACCACAUGACUGACAUCUACACAGCCAUCACCGACCUGCUGGUGAAUGCUAAAUUGGGCACGGCUCUUGAGGCUCUGCAGUUGUGUCUGAAGCUGCUGCCUCCUGGCUGCAGAGAUGAGCUGCGCAAGCUGCUUACAUUUAUGGCUCUGGCAGCUGACCCGCAGGGGAUAAAACUGGACAAGGAGAUGGAGAACAGACAGGCGGUGAAGAAGUCUUUCUCCAGGGUGAUUCUCCACAGCAGGGCUCUUUCAAAGGAGAAAGAGGACCUGAUGGUGGUCUUCAUGCUCUGCAACAGAAAGGAAAUGUUUAAGAUACCAGGGGCUCUGCACAAAGGAGUGAGUGACAAGCUGGCCAGCCUUGCACACGAGAAGCAGCCUGAUGUGACUGGCUCUACGUUCUGUCAGCAGGUCCCCAGCAGGACUUUUGCCGACUCUACAAAGAAGACCACCAACCAGGAACUGUGGGCUCUGCUAAGGAGCAUCCACCUGGACACCAAGGUCUCUGCUAAGGAGAGAAAACGCCUCCUCAGGCAGUUUUAUCAAGCCCAUCCAGAGAUAUUCAACCAGUACUUUGGUGAAUCUGCUGUUAAUGUGCUGUAGGUGUGUGAGCUAACUCACUUAAAAUACAUAUUUGUGAUGAACAUUAAAUCUUAGCGGAGGUUGUAAAGAUUCCGCCAGCAUGUGAUUGCACUUGUAUGUGUGUAUUUGCUUUUAUAUUGUG